AUGGCUGCAACUCUCUUCCCCCUUGCCGCACCCCAAGGCCCUGAGCAGCCGCACUACGGUCCUGACCUCGCCGUCCGCCUCAUCUGUCCGGAUUGCAGGAACCCCUGCCCAAACAUCGCGGAGGAAUUUGCAAGCGGGGACCUCGUAUGCGGGGACUGUGGGCUUGUACUGGGCGACCGUAUAGUCGACACACGCAGCGAGUGGCGCACGUUCGCCAACGACGAGGGUGACGACCCGUCCCGUGUUGGCGCAGCUUCGGACCCACUACUCGACGGCAUGGGCCAGUUCGAGACCGUCAUCGGUUUCAAGGAUGGCGGCUCCGGCUUAGCCAGCGACCUGCAACGUGCCGCUCUUCGCGCGCAGGAUUCCUCGGGAUCCUCUCGCCUCAUUUCCGCUUUCCACGACAUUGUCGCGAUGUGCGACCAUCUCUCCUUGACUAAGACCGUCUCUGACAGGGCCAAAGUUCUAUACAAGCAAUGCGAAGAGGAGAAGAUCUUUCGUGGGAAACCUUUGGACGCCACCGUGGCGGCUUGUAUCUUCGUCGCUUGUCGGCACGCGGGUGUGCCGAGGACGUUCCAGGAGAUGUGCCUGCAUGCAGGUGUUAGCAAGAAGGCACUUGGGGGCUGCUUCAAGGUCAUCCGCAAGAAAUUCGAUCUGCAGGCAAACGCAGACGGACCGCAAUCCGGGCCGGAGGAUCUGCUCGUGCGCUACUGCAAUCACCUUGCUAUGCCGCCAUACACCGAGGGAUACUGCAAGCACGUUAUAGUCACGGCGCGCGAACUCGGGAUAGCUGAGGGACGUAGCCCUGUCACGAUUGUUGGUGCUGCGAUACUCUUCAUUUGCCAGUUGCUAGGCAUCCAGAAGGAUCUUCAGGAUAUCGCGCGCGUCGCGGGUGCGUCGGGUGAAACGAUCCGUAUCGUGUACAACCUGUACUUUGCGGAGAAGGAGAAGCUGGUGAAGAAGGAGUGGUUGGAUAAUGGCAGGGCGAAGAUGGAGAGGCUUCGCAUCGCUUGA